UCCUCCGGCCACGUCCUCUUCGGCCGGUCGGUCUCUUUUCUCCGACCCUUUCUGCCGGAAUCUUCCCGUCUCUCUAGUCCACUACCGGGCCUUUUCUUCCUUCCUACCUUCCCCUCUUUCUGCUACUCCUGGUGUAUCAUCCUUACACGUUCGCUUUCUUCUCUCAGCACAUACCUCAAAACUAAUCGUUGUACAAGAAGUAAUUUUUCUGUCGUAAUCUUGGGCUGAUCUAGAUUGUUACUUGGCAAAUUCAGGAUCAGAGUGUCGUUCAAUUCAGGUGAUUAGCCAGUAAUUGCACAUUGAUUUGGAGAAUUUUGAGGAGGAUGGAUUGAUUUUCUUACUGGCUUUAACACCAGAGGCUAAUGAAGUUUAGUGUCCGGUGGGCUCUUGGAAAUUGAACAGACAGUACAUAUUGAUUGAUCAGGUGUUUUGUUUACAACCCUCUGCACUGGAAUAUUUACCUUUACCAAAACCCUGACCAGUUUUUUUCCCUGGGAAAAGAGAACAAAAGAAAAAGUGAGGUAUCCAGUGACCCAGACCCUUAAUGGAUGUACUGUUCAAUUCAAUAGAUAUCCGAGAUCUUCUCUCAACACCAGACCUAGAUGACCCCUCAACCCCACUAUCCGCACCUGAUCUUCAUCUCCUCAUUGACCGCCUGCAAGUCCGCUCUCUCCACAUUAAAUCAAAAGUCCAUGACUACCUCCGAUCUCACCAACUGGACUUCUCUUCCCUCUUCUCUCAAUGCUCUGACGUCGUUACCAGGACUGAACAGCUCUCAAGUGAAUUGUUUAAUAUACUUAAUCUAAUCUCAGACCACCCUGUUGACACCAAAAUCAAGUCGGUUAUUGAAGAAAUGGUUGCAAAGAGGAAAGAGGUAAGGGAGAAGAGGGAAGUGUUGGAGUUGUUGGGGCUAAUUUUGGAAUUGUGCGAGAAAUUGAGACUUGUGAAGGAGGAUAUCAGAAUUGGUAGAGUUGAAGAGGCUGCAGUGGCCCUCAGAGAACUGAAGACAGCUUUACGUGUGCAUAAUGAUGAAGCAGCUGCAGCACAAGAUGAAGAAAGUCAACUGUUGGCAUAUGGACUGUUAAGGAAAGAAUGGGCUGACUGUUUUGACAAGUUACAUGAAGCCCUAAUGAGGCUUGUGGAGAGUGCUGUGAGAUUUGACCAGGAUAGCAGUUCAUUUCGUGUAAAGUAUUGGUUGGGCAUGGAUGGAGCUGAAAAGAUUGAGCUUCAUACAGUCUUGAAAGCCAUGGAUGCAGUUGGCAUUUUGGAUUAUGGGCUAGCAAGAAUAGCCGACUUAAUGAUCAAACAUGUCAUUGCUCGAGCAGUUAGUUGUAGAUCAUCUGUUUCAGUUGUGGAGGAAAUUAGUGAAGACCAGGGGCCAACCUCCGAGGCAGUUCUUACUAUUGUUUCAUGUACAAAUGACAUGAGUAACAGUUUAGAUGGUGAAACAGUCUAUUCUGCACUAGUUCAGAUUGUUAUGUUUAUAAACAAAUCGUUUUGCUUCCAAAAUGGACUCUGGAUGCGCCGUUUUGGAAGAUUGACGUGGCCAAGGAUGUCAGAUAUGAUCAUUUCGAAGUUUCUUGCCAAGUUUGUCCCGGAUGAUGCUUCCAAACUUGACAAUUUUCAGAAAAUUGUGAAGCUUUCCUCAGAGUUUGAGACAGAUUUAAAGGAGUUGAUGUUCAUUUCGACCUCUGAUAACAAGGAUGAAAGACUAACUGAAUUUGCCAACAAUGUUGAGGUUCACUUUGCUUCAAGGAAGAAGGUUGAGAUUUUAGCCAAAGCUCGAUAUAUGCUUCUACAAGCUGCCUUCACUAUUCCUCAAGACCAUACAAGGAUAAGUGGUGAACCGGAAAAUGAAGAAAUUGCUGAAAAUUUCUCCAAUCGUGUUGUCACUUUGCUUUUUACAUCUGAAAGGUGUGUUGUUUCUGAAGCAGCUUUAAAUUUGAUGGAGCUGGUGCAUAAAACCCUUAAGGAUGUCUGCUUGUCAUCUCCAAGAGUUGGAUUAGAAUUCUAUUAUGCUGCUAGAGAUGCUUGUCUCCUUUAUGAAGCUGUCGUACCUGUCAAGCUAGAAAAGCAGCUUGCUACCAUUAACCAGGCAGCUGUUCUCAUGCACAAUGACUGUCUAUAUUUGGCUCAGGAGAUCCUUGGUCUUGCCUUUGAGUAUCGUCCAGACUUUCCAAAUCCUAUCAAGGAAAUGGCUGUCUUUGCUGAUUUGGCUCCACGAUUCCAGCUGAUAGCAGAAGAAAUAUUGCAGAGACAAAUUCAAGUUGUUAUUUUCAACUUAGAGCAGGCUAUUGAUGGUGCUGUUGGGUUUCAAAACACCCACCUAACUAAGCAAUACGAGUCUGCUAAAUUUAGCAUUGACCAGGUUGCAUUUAUACUUGAGAAAGUACACAUCAUAUGGGAGCCUCUGUUAAUGCCUUCAAUCUACAAAAGGAGUAUGUGCAUGGCUCUGGAGGUAGUUUUCUCAAGAAUUACAAAAGACAUUCUUCUUUUAGAUGACAUGGCGGCAGAAGAAACUUUACAGCUUCAAAGACUGGUUCAUUUGCUUUUUGAGAACCUGUCAUCUAUAUUAGCAUCACUAUUGGACAUCAAGCAGACAAGGAGUUCAGAACAAAGCCAAGUAGUCUCAGUUAAUGAUCUUAUUCCAUCCCUUCAAAAGUUACGCAAAUUGGAAGAUCUUCUGGACAUGCCUUUGAAGUCCAUUACUGCAGCCUGGGAGAGUGGUGAACUAGUCAGUUGUGGAUUUACAAUGACAGAGGUGGAAGACUUCAUCAGGGCCAUUUUCACUGAUUCACCUCUCAGGAAAGAGUGCUUGUUUAGAAUGGAAAGUUCCGGCUUCUAGAAAUGAUUGUAGAACGUAACCCUUUUUGUCGUUGCAGUUAUCCAAUUUUUUUCCUAUUGAACCAAUAAAUUGUAGAUGCAGUUUCGACUCAUAGUGACCUCAGAGGUUACCUUUUUCCAUUUUUUUGCUAUGAACAGUUACUCUACCUUUAUAAGUAAAAUUUCCAUAAAGAGUAACUUAUUCUCCUGCUUUGUAUUGCUUCCUCUAAACAUUAAUAGGGGUACAUAUAACAGUGGAAAGGAUACUGAAUAGUACUAGUUUGGCUGCUGGCCUGCAGUUUGGGUUUAUGAGGAGUUGGUGAUUUACGUAAAUAUGACGGUGGAAGCACAAGUACUUCUAGGAAAACAUAUUCUUGGCAGGCUGUAAUACUAAGACUUCCUGGCUUUUAAAGUCAUUCGGAAGGCAAUUUUUGACCUGCAGUAUGGGGUUCAAUGGAGUGUUGCAUUUUGGAACCUGUUGGUGCCGCUCAGGUACUCUUGUUCAGUUGGAUGCUCAAGCCUGUUCCUUCUGCACCUUUAGAGUUCUUCAGUACAAAGGUCUGAGUAACUUGCACCAUUCAUAACUCGAAACUAUCUGAGGUUGAAGCAGAGUAUCAUUAUGAUAAUCAGGAGUUGUCCUUGUCCAGUACAUGACAUGGAGCAUGUCUUCUUCUAGAGACAUGGUGCUGAUGAUUGCUACUGUCACUGAGCAUAGUCCUUCCACCCUGCCUACAUUCAAUUGAAGGAGGACAUCGCAAUUAAGCCUUCCACAGAGAGAAAAUGUUUUCUCUUGCAUCUUCUACCCGUUCGUGCUUGCAAGUAGCUGUUUUUCUGUCUUUGAGCUUUUCUUACAUUUGCUACUCGCCCCUGGGGUGCCGGAAACCAUAUAAAGCACCGGCCUGCCCUUUCCUCUAUCACUAGCUUUUGCCUUCAAGGAUUUUGGACCAAAGCUUUGCAAGCUGAGACUCACUUAAACUUUAUCUCCGUUUCUUGAAUAUAGUGUUACAGGUGUGAAUGUGAUCCAAGUUUCUGCAGUUCCAUAUUGAUAA